ACACGGCGGGCGGAGCCAGCCGUUGACGCCGUGUGCUGCUGCUGCUGUUGGCGGCAGAUCCGCCUGGGCACGAUUUGUAAACGGCUGCAGUCUACUCGGUGGGAAGCCUCGCCGCGGGGACCGGUCAAUCUGAUUGGUGGACCAGGUUGCUAAUAUAUUAUCCACGAUGUGGUUACGGGGGACCAAUCAGAUGUGAGUACACUGCCCUCCAUUUAAAAACUUCACUGAAAAGUCAGACCUUGCUACUGUUCAGCCGCUGGUACCAUGGCAUUGGAAAAACUUAUCCAUGAUUCGUUGACAAAGUUUGUUCACUCGUACAUCCCUGAUGCUGAUCUCAGUGUUAUUGAUGAGGUCAUCCUUUCGUACAUCACGGGUGUGCUGGAGGAGCUUGGAUCGCCAGACUCAUCAGAAGAGAAUUUUGACGUGGAAAUGUUUGUCGAAAUGAUGGAGGCCUACAUCCCAGGCGUUGCAAAAAUAAGCAGCAUCACUAUUUAUGAGAUGAUGUUUGAUUUGGCCGCACAGCUGAUCGAAGCCCGUAACAAAGAAAAUGUUCCUCCUCCUGCCGGCUUCCAAGACACUGUAUGUUCUUUGAAGAAACAAUCGAGCGAUUGGGAACAGAGGUCGUCGAUGGAGUUGGAAAGCAAUUUGGUGACAGGAGUAGGAGCCACGGCAAAGGAAGGCUGCGAUAAAAAGGAAGAUGGGGUCCAGUUGCUUCUUGAGAUGUUUCCAUCCUGCAGCGUAUCCACCAUGCAGCAUGUUCUCUCCAUGGCUAAAGGCAACCUGCAUUACGCUGUGCAGCUCAUAAUGGAAGGGGCAGUGGAGGAGCCUGACACAGCAUCUUCAGAGGAAAUCGAGCCAAAAACAGAUAAGAAGAUCAAAGCCAGCAUCUUGGAAAAAUAUAUGAUGGUGGAUGACGAGGAGGAUGUCAAAACUCACAAGCCUAUCACACCUAAAGCAGCUCCCAAAAAGAUGAUUCGAUACAUAGACAACCAGGUAGUGAGCACAAAGGGUGAACGCUAUACCGAAGUGAAGAAAACUGAAAAUGAUGAGAUGAAGAAAACUUACAUCAAUCUAAAACCAGCCAGAAAAUAUAAAUUUCACUGAGAUAUUGGUUGAAUAUUUCUUGAUCAUUUGUUAUUAUAGUACGUCAAUGUUGAUUUUUAUCUCCACUUCCAUUGAGUUGAGCACACUCUAAAAUAAUUCCGACCUUUCCUUCAUUAACUCGUUAAUGGUUAGGUGGAAGUCGGAGGCAGGAAGAAGUAUUAUAUGCUGCUUUCCUGCAGCACAUGAAACAAAUUCGAACAUCAGUUCCCAUCAAAUCCCAGAGAUGUUUUCUCCCCAUUUAUUGCACUAUUGUGCAGCACUGAGCUGCUGUUCUUUGGAUUCUGCUUCUGGUAUCAAUCGCUACAUGGCAACAUGAUUAUACCACUAAAUACAUCACUGUGCCGAAGAUUCAUUGUCUAAAUAAAGUGUUUAUUUAAAUUUAAUUCAACAACUUUAAUAUCUGUCAAGGUUAAAAAGGUAAAACCUUUUACUUCUGAGCUUGAAAUGUGAGUGAGAAUAUUUAAAAUAUUUUGUGGUCUUGUGACCACAAACUGAACCGGCCCUGUCUAAACAUUAACAGGGACUAGUGCUUCACAGUAUCCUUGCAGGGACGAUACUGUGCUCGUAUUGCAUGCCAGAUGAGGGAAGUUCCAAUAUGCUUCUGUGACCAGUUGUACAUCUUAAAGGGACCCAGCAGUUUUUUUAUAGAGGACAUCAAAUCUCGUCCCUUCUGUGUGAACUCAUCGAUUAUGCUUAGUUACGUGAAGCUGAACUUAUCUGCUAAUAUUUUUCUUCAAUAUAAUUGGUACACAUUUUUAAAAUUAUUUUAUAUUGCUUGGUCUAAAAUCAGGUUUUUGUUAAUAGACAUAUUUAUCAGUGAAAUAAUGUGAUAAUACCUCAGUAGUCUCACAAAUGUUGUCCUAAAUAGAUGGACUGAUUAAAAAUGGCUAACAUAUCUUCAGAUCUGUUCCUCUAAAGCUUGUUCAUAAACGCAUGGUAGUUUUACAGCAUUUUACAAAUUAACGUUUAAUCACAUUGUCGGUUAAUGUGGUGACAUUUUAAGUGCAGAUUCCCAAAUCUCAGGAUGGAAGCAUUCUCUUUUAAAGUAAAUCUCCUGUGUGUCGUACUGAAUCAUUGUAUCUGCCUGCAAAAUGUAGCAAAAUAUAAAUUACACCUGUCAUUGUAUUUGUUUAAGGCAUAUGACAGUGUACUUUGAUGCUACAAUCUUUAAAUGUAGUGAUGCUUUUAAACAAUAAAUUGCUUUUUUACUUCUCAAUUA